AUGCACCUAUAUUACCUCCUAAUCAUACGAAUCUCAGUCUUGGGUCAAUGCCUUGAUCUCAUGGACAGCAGGCCAGACCUUCACCACAUCCCUGCCAGACCCGAAGCCACGGCAGUGCCUCGACCAUGA